GGUUAAAGUUUGAUGGCUAUUAUAGUUAGACAUUGAGAGCCAGAGGUUCACAGCUUUGAGUCAGUCAGCCUGCGGAAAGAGGGCUCAUUCUAUGGGAGACUCUACAAGAGGCCUGUGAAGUUUUUAGGAAAAUGGUGCAGAAGUCUACUGUGGUGGGCCUCACCUUGCUGCUGCUGGCUGCAAUUGGCACGUUUUUGGCUGUUUUCUUUUCGGUGCAGGGCAAGAAGACCUCUCCUGAACCUGAACCUGAAAAUGGUUAUUUCAAGGCAGCUGUGGCAGCAGAUGCUGGGACGUGCUCAGAGAUCGGCAGGGAUAUCCUGAAGAGAGGCGGUUCCGCUGUAGAUUCUGCCAUUGCUUCUCUGCUGUGCGUGGGAUUGAUGAAUGCCCACAGCAUGGGCAUCGGAGGAGGGCUCUUCUUCACUAUUUAUGAUGCCAAAACAGGAAAAGUCGAAACCAUCAAUGCACGUGAGACGGCUCCUGCAAAUGCAACCAGAGACAUGUUUGGAAAUAGUACGGAACUUUCCCAGAAAGGUGGUUUGUCUAUCGCUGUUCCUGGAGAGAUACGGGGGUAUGAAAUGGCCCAUAAACGGCACGGCAAGCUUCCAUGGAAAGAGCUGUUUUUACCAAGCAUACAACUGGCCAGAAAGGGCUUUCCUAUUGGCAGCGCAUUGGCAAGUGCGAUUAACUCAAACAGAAACAUCAUUAUGGAUGAUAAGAUGUUAUGUUCUGUGUUCUGCGAUUCCACUGGCAAAAUCCUGCGGGAAAACGACAUCAUCACCUUCACAAAACUGGCUGCAACUUAUGAGCUCAUAGCAGAGAAUGGGCCUGAUGCUUUCUACAGUGGACAGCUAGCUGAGAACCUUGUGAGGGACAUCCAAGCUGCAGAGGGGAUUAUAACUCUGGAGGACUUGAGAGAUUACAAGCCCUUGCUGGAUGAAUCCCCCCUCACUGCCACCGUGGGUGAAUACACAAUGGUGACACCAAACGCGCCUGCCAGUGGCCCAGUCCUCACACUGAUACUCAACAUCCUGAGCGGUUACAACUUCAGUUCAGAGAGUGUCUCCACCACUGAAAAUAAAGUCCUCACCUAUCAUCGCAUAGUAGAGGCGUUCCGGUUUGCGUAUGCCAAGAGGAGCGUCUUGGGGGAUCCAGAAUUUCUCAACAUCUCCAGUUUCAUCCAGAACAUUACCUCAAAGGACUACGCUGACAUGAUACUCCAGAAGAUCACAGAUAAUACGACUCAGCAAGAGAGCUACUACCAACCCGAGUUCUACCUUCCCGACGAUCACGGCACCUCACAUGUGUCAGUGGUGGCAGAGGACGGCAGCGCGGUCGCCGCCACCAGCACCAUCAACCUAUAUUUUGGCUCCAAGUUCAUGUCAAAUUCAACAGGAAUUAUACUGAACAAUGAGAUGGAUGACUUCAGUUCUCCCUUGAUCACCAAUAACUUUGGAGUUCCUCCUUCUCCCAACAACUUCAUCAUCCCACAUAAAAGGCCUAUGUCUUCUAUGUGUCCUGCCAUCCUGCUAGACAAAAACAAUAAGGUUAAAAUGGUUGUGGGAGCCUCUGGAGGAACAAAGAUCACCACAGCAGUGGCCAAGGUGAUCUUAAAUGCACUGUUCUUUGACUAUGACCUGAAGAAAGCGAUAGCAGACCCGAGAAUUCACAAUCAGCUGAGUCCAAACACCACGCAAGCAGAGCCUGACUUUGACAAAGCCAUUUUGGAGGGUCUUGCCGCGAAGAACCAUGUGAUAGAGGUGUUGAAGUCCAUGGGCGCAGUGGUUCAGGCCGUGGUGCGGCACAGUGCUGGCCUCAGCGCUGAGUCAGACCCCCGUAAGGGAGGAUAUGCAGCUGGGUACUGACAUCUGACUCAGCGAUCCGAGUCUCUGGUCCAGCUGGAGGCAAUGGAAAUGCUACUUUCAAGACCCGAGGACACUUUACCCUCAUGCUGCUCUGAAACAAACAAGUGCCUCCAUCAGAGAUCCUACAGGCGAAUCAGAUGGACAAUCAAAAGCUCCAGCAAUGUUGAUCUCAGCACACUCCAUAUUCAGUGAAAGAAGAAUAAAACCAAUUCAAAUACACUCACAGUGGAAACACAACAUCAUUCUUCGGCUGUUUCUUCCAAUGACAUCAGUUAACCAAAAUCUUUACAGAUCAUGUUACUGUGGGGUGGUAUUUAUUUCUGCAAAUAAACAUGUUGUAAUGGCGAUUAUGAACUUUCUAGAAUGAAUUCUGUCCGUACUGAGAUUUACAUCCUGGCAAAAUAAUUUUUUUCAAGACUCUCAGGGGAGGAAGUUUUAAUCAAGCUUCUAAUAAGAGCUGAAGCAUGAACAAGAGUUGAAAUGCUCAUGUCCCAUGAGUAUGUAGUCCUACCCACAGGCACCAGCCUAACAUCAAGCAGCAUCAUUAAUGAUGAAGUUUUAGGGGACAGGGAAAAAUCACAUAUACAGGCAUUAAUUAGACUUUUAAACUUGUACUGAACUGAAGAAAAUAACUUAUAAAAUUUAUGUUCAGUUUAUUAGAUUAAAGGAGGAGUCAACCCAAAAUAACAGUUCUGUUAUUCCAAACCUCUAUGGAUUCAUUCUUCUGUGGAACACAAAGAAGAUAUUUUGAAGAACAGUUUUGGGUUCCCCUGGGUUCUAUAGUCAUUUUUUUCCCAUACAAUGGAAGUCAGUGGGACCUGAAACAAUUUGCUGUCCAAAAUUAUUCAAGUCUAAUUAGCUGGCUAACAAUUACUGAUGAAUUAGUAAAUGUUAUUAUUUAAACUGAACUAUUAAAACGAAUUAUUGUCUAAUUAAAUUGGCAUCCAAAUGAAUAAUUACUAUUAGAAGUACUAUUAGUAUAAAUACAAUUGCAAAAUGUUGAAUUGUUUCUCUAAAUUAAAAUAUUCUGAAUAUUAAUGCUUUUUGGCUGGUUUGUGGAAGUGUGAAAAUUAUGCAGCAAAAUAAAACUUUGGAGUGGCAUGUAUUACUAAACAGUGUUUCCCCCCUCAUUUAUGUUUUUUUUUCCCCUUAUUUAUGAUUUUAUGUAAAUCAUUUGUGUUUUCCCAGUGAUUGUAUGUAUGUACAUAUGUAUGUACUGUAUAAAUAAAUACAUAAAUAAAUAAUUAAAAGUAAUGUGUUCCAAA